AUCAUUCAUCGUACAGAGUGCCCGUCAGUCAGUCAGUGAGGGCAUCCUAAUGCGCUCGGGAUCUGCGUUUGCAAUUUAAUUGAUUUAUUUCUAUGUUUUUGUGGUUAUUGAUUUUGUGGGUUCAAAUAUAUUUUCCUGCAGUAGGAUUAUUAGCAAAUAUUGACAGGAAAAAUCAAAAAUCUGCUGGCAGGGGAUUCGGUAAAAACGUCAGUCUGGCAGCGAGUUAGCUAAUUACGAGGAAACCAAAGGAAUGCCGAGAUUGUACGACGAAGAUGAAGCUCGAAGACCGAUCCUGCAAGCAGACACGGAUAGCGAAGAUCCACCGAAUGGAGCCCGGAGACGAAAUGAUCGUCAUGACGACGACGACGGCGAUCGAGAACAGCAGCCGGUCGGUUGCGGGUCGAGUGCGUGCUGCAAUCCCAGUUCCGCACUCCAUCGGUUCAUGGCACUGAUUCUUAUGUGUUUGGUUGGGUUCGGAUCGUACUUCUGUUAUGAUAAUCCUGGGGCGCUGCAGGACAAGUUCAAGUCCGAUUUGGAUCUAACGACGACGCAAUUUGUUUGGUUGUACUCUAUCUACUCGUGGCCAAACGUGAUCCUAUGCUUUAUCGGUGGUUUUCUGAUCGAUCGGGUGUUUGGCAUUCGGCUCGGUACGAUUAUUUACAUGUUUAUUUUGCUGAUCGGUCAGUUAAUUUUUGCCACCGGUGGGCUGAUCAAUCAGUUCUGGUUGAUGAUUGUUGGACGAUUCCUUUUUGGAAUUGGCGCCGAAUCGUUGGCUGUGGCACAAAAUAAUUAUGCCGUACUUUGGUUCAAGGGAAAAGAGUUGAAUAUGGUGUUUGGGCUGCAGCUGUCUUUCGCUCGAGUUGGCAGUACGGUUAACUUCCUAGUAAUGGUUCCGAUUUACAAUUAUGUCCGAAGCAUCGGUUACACGGGCCAUCAGUGCACCGGGGUGGUACUUCUAAUGGCUACACUGACCUGUGUCAUGUCGAUGCUCUGCGCACUGAUACUGGGCUGGAUGGACAAACGUGCCGCUAGAAUUCUUCGACGCAAUGACAACCCACCGGACGGCGAGGUGGCCAAACUGUCCGACAUUAAAACAUUCAGAAUUAGCUUCUGGAUGGUGACCGUCAUCUGUGUUGCUUAUUAUGUUGCUAUUUUCCCUUUCAUUGCCCUCGGGAAGGUAUUCUUCAUGCGAAAGUUUGACUUUACCCCCGAAGAUGCGAACACAGUUAAUUCCAUUGUGUAUAUCGUGGCUGGCGUAGCGAGUCCACUGUUCGGUCUGUUGGUUGAUCGUACCGGAAAGAAUGUGUUGUGGGUUUUCCUGUCGAUCGUGGUGACAAUGGUAGCCCAUGGUUUGCUAGCGUUUACGUUCUACAAUCCUUACAUAGCAAUGAUUACGAUGGGAAUGGCUUACUCGAUGUUAGCGAGCAGUCUGUGGCCACUGGUUGCAUUGAUUGUACCAGAGUAUCAACUCGGAACUGCCUAUGGAAUCUGCCAAUCGGUACAGAACCUCGGUCUGGCUGUAAUUUCCAUGAUUUCCGGAUUGAUAGUCGAUAAGGGCGGUUACUUCAAGCUGGAAAUUUUCUUCAUCGGUUGGUUAGUCAUUUCUCUCUUGGCAACCAUUGUCAUUUGGUUACAUGACGCGAACAAUAAUGGAGUUCUAAAUAUGUCUCCGGCGGAGCGUGAACUACAUGCCAGCAAACUCCUCCGGGAAGAUGUGCAUCGGCGAUCAUCGCAGGACAGCAUUCUACCGGUAGCCCAGGAAGGUUCUCUGAAUGCUGACCAGGAACAGUUGCACGCAUCGUUGGCCCAGGAAUCCAUCCGGAAUCGUUACGUCAGUCGGGUUCUCGACAGUGCCAACCAAAGCGAUUCCGAGCCACUGAUCGAUUAAGGCGACCGAUUGCGGAACGGGAACGUAGUAUUAGUAAUGUAAUUCUGUAGCCAUUCCCCGGAGAGGUGUUCGAUCGGUUUUGUUUUUUUUUGUUUAUGUGAUUCGUUGGCCAACGGGAUCUACGUGUCUUGGUCAUGAUACCAAUCAGAAAAUUUAUUUUUUUUAUGUACAGACCUAUUCGGAGAAAGAAAUAAUUUACAGCUUUGUUAGGAUAUAGCACAAUUUAUAAUAGUGGCAGGAGAAAACGAGCAAAAAAUCUACAAAUGUAUACAAAGUGAUUGUUAAUCCAAUGAUUGUGUUAUCAAAUAAUAGUUGUUUCUCAAUGUUAUCAGUGUAUAAACUGGAUGAAUGCAUAUUUUACUAGGAGAGUAGUCCGAUAAAUUUACUACAAUGUAAAAUUUUUGAUCCACUUUAGGCUGUUGAACGGGAGUAUAGUCUGAGUGUUUUUGAGAAUAAGCCGCUGAAUGAUCGAUCAAAAAUUAGAAGAAGCUUGAAAAUAUUCUCGAAAACACUUUUUUUAAAUGUUGUGUUGUCCUAUUUGAUAACCCGAAAACAAACUAGAAAGCAUAUCCUAUCUACAGAAAAUCGAUUUCAGUGUUUGACAAGACAAACAUGGAUGUAAAUUAUUUGAACUGAUUGCCAAACUUAAUUGCUUAUUGAUGAGAUCGACUAAACGGAAACGAAAAUAGAUAAUCGCACCUGUUUGACAUGGAUCGAUCGAUUUUGACUCUGAAUCUGAUGUUACUGGGAAUGAGACCUACAUUCGCAAUAUUGUACAAUAAAGAUAGAUGUGACAAUGUAAGCAAA